AUGUAUGAUAAAAGAGUACCGACUAAACCGAAAAGUGCAAGUUCUAGUGCCAAGGAAAAUAAAUAUUCAACGGAUCCUAAGAGUAAUAAGGACAAGGAAAACGAAGACAAGUCGAGGAAAAGUAGAAUUUCAAAACGAUUUGUAGAAUUAUUUGGCGAUGAUCUGUCCGAUAUUGAUAAGCCUGAGAAGAAGGACAAUAUUAGUAAGUUGGGAUCGAAACAGCCAAGAAAUUCAAGCAAGGAAAACGAAGACAAGUCGAGGAAAAGUAGAAUUUCAGAACGAUUUGUAGAUCUAUUUGGCGAUGAUCUGUCCGAUAUUGCCAAGCCUGAGAAGAAAAACAACAGAAGUGAUAGGGACAGUACAGUAAAUCUAAGCAAGGAAAGCGAAGACAAGUCGAAGGAAAGUAUAAUUUCAAAACGAUUUGUAGAAUUAUUUGGGGAUGAUCUGUCCGAUGUUUCCAAGCCUGAGAAGAAGGAAAACAGAAGUGAUAAGGACAGUAUAAGCAAGUUGGAAUCGAAGCAGUCAAGAAAUCCGAGCAAGGAAAAUGAAGUGAAGUCGAAGAAAAGGACUCACGAAUCAGAGACUUCGCCGUUGGAACCGUCAUGCAAAAAGCGGACGGGUCAAGGGCUGACAGAUAUCGACAUAAAUGUCAUGUUUGCCCAGACUGCAGUGAAGAUAUCGUCUAAAGUCGAUAAGAAAAAUGACAUGAGAAGAUCCAAGGAGAAGUCGUCCAGGUCAGGACGCGAUAGGCACGAGAAGCACC